ACAUUAUCGACGCACGCAUCGCACACUUCUUGUCACUCUUUCUUCUCAUCCACUCGGCGCUCAACAACCCGUCUCUCCUCGAGCCCCGGCCAAACGCUCAAAACAAAAACGGCCCAAAGGCCAUCAACACGGCCAAAGCGCCAGCCCCGCCCCCCACCACCACGACUCUAGGCUCAAAGCCGAAAUGUUCACUUCGACAACGAGGGCCACGUCGACCACCACUGCUGCCGCCGCCGCCGCCGCUCGCGGAGCCCGCAUCGCACGCCGCAGCAAUGCACGCACACUAGCAUCCACGUCGAGGUCGCGCAGCCUCGUCAGCCCCGCGACGCCGACGCAGGUAGCGCUCCGCGCUAUCGGAGCUCCGGCUGCGGUCGCUGUCGGCCUCCGACACGUUCCUUCCUUCCUGCCCGUGCGGUUGUAUUCCACCGAGACGCGCACCACGACGACAACGACAACCCCGCCCUUGCCGUCUCCUGCGCCGGCACCUUCCGAGAAGGACGCCGCUGCCGCCGUCCCCGUUCCCCCGCCUGGCGCUCCCGCGCCGCCUGUCCCCGCGGCGUCUGAGAAGCCCACCGAGGUCGCCGCCGCCGCUGCUGAGAAGGAGAAGGAGGUCGCCAAGAAGGACAAGAAGCCCACCGGCCCUUGGCACUCGCGCGCCUGGGCCGUGGUGAAGAAGGAGCUCGCCCACUACUGGGCUGGCACCAAGCUCCUCGGCCAGGAAAUCAAGAUCUCGUCAAAGCUCCAGUACAAGGUGCUGCAGGGUGGCUCGCUCACGCGCCGUGAACGCCGUCAGCUUCGCCGUACCACCACCGACAUUCUCCGCCUCGUCCCGUUCUCCGUCUUCGUUAUUAUCCCCUUCAUGGAGUUCCUCCUGCCCGUUGCGCUCAAGCUCUUCCCCAACAUGCUCCCGAGCACGUUCGAGGGCCAGCUCGCCAAGGAUGAAAAAGAGCGCAAGCUCCUUCGUGUGCGUCUUGAAAUGGCAAAGUUCCUGCAGGAGACGGUCCGCGACACUGGUCUGCAGGCCGACGGUGUGGUUCACAGCGAUGAGUUCAAGGAGUUCUUCCGCAAGGUCCGUUCCACUGGUGAGACUCCCUCGGACGAGGAUGUCAUCAAGGUCGCCAAGCUCUUCAACUCGGACAUUACCCUCGACAACCUGUCCCGUCCUCAGCUCGUCUCCAUGUGCAAGUACAUGAACAUCAACGCCUUCGGUACCGACAACUUCCUCAAGCACCAGAUCCGCAGCCGUCUCGAGAAGAUUCGUGUCGACGACAUGAUGAUUCACGCCGAGGGUGUCGACUCGCUCACCACCAAGGAGCUCCAGCACGCCUGCCAGUCGCGCGGUAUUCGUUUCCAGGGCAUGUCGCCUGCUCGUCUCCGUGAGGAGCUCGAGCAGUGGAUCAACCUCCACUACACGAACAAGAUUUCCGGUGUCCUCCUUAUUCUGUCCCGCGCCUUCAACUUUGACAACAAGGGCGACGACGUCAUGAGCAGUCUUGUUACGACUCUGUCGAGCUUGCCCGAGUCGCUCGUUAGCGAGGCUGAGCUUCACGUUUCGGGCGACAAGGCUACGUACAAGGAGCGUCUCGAGGUUCUCCAGCAGCAGCAGGAGCUCAUCGAGGACGAGGCCGAGCAGGAGCAGGAAGAGCUUGAGGCCAGGAAGAAGGAGAAGGAGGCCAAGGAGGCUAAGGAGGCCGAGGAGGCCGCUGCCAAGGAGGAGGAGGCCAAGGCUGCUGCUGCCGCCGCUGCUGCUGCUGCCGAGCCUGCUGCCACCCCCGCCGAGGCCGCCACUGUCACAGCCACUGCAUCUGCUACUCCCGAGGCUUCUGUUACCGCCGAGGCUCCCGCUGCUGAGGCCGCUGCUGAGCCUGCUGCCGCCGCCGCCGAGCCCGUCGCUGCCGAGGAGGACGACGCCAAGAUGACCAAGGAGCAGCUUGGCGAGCUCGCCGAGGCGCUUUCGAUUCUCACUGCCAAGUCUUCGAUCAUCAAGGAGCGCGACGAACUCCAGGCCCUCUUCGAGGACAACUUGUUGUCCGAGGCCGAGUCCAAGGAGCGCCCCGAGGAGCACGACUCGAAGAGUGUCGCUCUGUCCAAGCGUGUUCGUUCUAUGAUCAAGAAGGUCGAUGCCGAGCUUGAGAAGUACGACGAGCGCGUUGGCGCCUCGCUCAAUCUGAUCAACACCAACCACAAGGGCCAGAUCUCGCUCGCCGACCUCAAGUCGGCUCUCCGUGUCAUCAAGCACGCACCGCCCGAGGAUGUUAUCGAGGGUCUGGGCAAGAAGCUCGACGUGGACCAGGACGGCUUUGUCGACCUCGACCACGUUCUCGAGCUGACCCAGGACGACGGAUUGGGCAUUGUCAUUGACGAUGCCGCGUCCGACCUGGUCAACAAGGGCAAGGACAUUCGUCACUCGACCGACGUCAAGGAGGUCAAGGAGCUCAAGCCCAAGCGCGAGGACAUUAUCUCGGAAUAGAUAGAAACCACUCACCAGUAGCAAUAUAUUCAAUGGCAUUUCAUUCGCAUG